AUGGCCGAGGUGAAGUCCCGCAGAACCACGGUCUCAUGUCGCGGUUGCGGUCGCCGUAGCCGGGGCUAGCGGCGUCUCUCCACCUGGAAGAUCUUGGAUUCAGACCCGGAAGGCGCCGCAUCUACGGAGGUCGGCGCGGAAGCCCUGGACGCGGUGAGCAAGCUCAGGGCGUCAACUAAGGCGCCGCGCGCGGAUCAGGUCCUGCGGCGCCUGGCGGUGUGUGUCUGUCGCUUGUCGGUCCCAGCUGUCCUAGAAGAUGCUGGUUCGGACAUUCUGAUGGAGGCGCUGGGCGCUUUGGGCUGUGAGUGCCGCAUCGAGCCGCAGUGCCUGGCGCGCAGCCUGCGGUGGAGCGGACAGAGGGAGAGGCCUUGCUCACACCGGCCUAAAGCAGUACCCUUAAUGUCCCCACAAAUGCUUCCUGAGGCACCUGCUGAGGAUGAGCAGGAACAGUUGCUGCUGCUGGAAUCCCAGGAGUUUCUUCAAGGUGCUGCCCAGCUGACCCAGAUCACAGGCCCACCCUGCUCCCUGCCCUGGCUCUCUCCUGAGUCCACCCAUCUCCACCUGGCUGUCAUUGGACUGGAUGCAUACCUGUGGUCUCACUAGCCCAGUUCCCAGAAGACACAGCAGCUGGAGAGGUCAACAGAAGGUCAUGCCAAAGAUGCCAUCAGCUGGCCUGAGGUGGAGUCACUGCUGCUUCAGCUCUGUGUGAACAUGGAUGUGCUGCUGGUGGCCUUGUGGCAGGAGCUGAGUCAGCAUGUGUGUGCCUUCACCAAGGCCCUCUCCCAGCGCCCCUCUAAGCAGUACCGGGAGUCCCAGGCCUUUUCCUUCUACAUAGCAGGACACCGGGCUUCAGGCCAGCAAGUGACCAGAGAUGGUUCUGGACUCUGUGAGGUAUGGUGGUGACAGAUCAGGCAGUUUAACCGAAUCAGCCCAGCUGUGGCUGAUGCUGUCAUUACUGCCUUCUCCUCCCCCCACCUUUUGCAGCAAGCUCUUGAGUCCUGCAGCAUAGAGCAGGAACACCUGGGCCUCUUGGCUGACCUCCCGGUGAAGGCUCACAGAGGCAGGCAGCCCCCAAGAGUGGGACCUGACCUCUCACACCGCAUCUGUAUCUUCCUAACCACCAUGAACCUCAACCUCCUGCUGGAUCUGGGCUCCUAACCAAUGCCUGUGGCACCCCCAGGCGUCCUCUUACCCAUCAGCUUAAUAGGACAAGCCCACUGCCCUGGGAACUGACCCAUAAGACUAACCCUGAGGGGCAGGCAAAGGGGUGGAACCCAGCCACAGUACUUUCUCAAAAGCAUGGGGUAGACUCUGUCCAUGGCUGAUCAAGUGUAAGCACCACAGGAGGUGAGGGGGGAAGCUGGGAUAAACAAAAGAGCCUGGGGGAUGGCAGGCAGCCCCUAGAAUGGCUGGGGCUUCACCUCCCCUUGGCUUGUACAGUAGCUGCAG